CUGUGACCCGAGUGUGACCAGACCAUGGCGGCCGCGGAACUGCGGGCGGACCUGGACUCGCUGCUUCUGCAGCUGCUCGGGGACCUGGAGGAGCUGGAGGCGAAGCGGGCGGCGCUGAACGCCCGGGUGGAGGAGGGCUGGCUCUCGCUCGCCAAGGCUCGCUACGCCAUGGGUGCCAAGUCGGUAGGGCCCCUGCAGUAUGCCGCCCACAUGGAGCCCCAGGUCUGCGUCCGCGCCAGCGAGGCCCAGGACGGACUCGAGAAGUUCAGGGUGGUGAGAGCUGGCGCCCAGACCCCGGAGGAGGUGGGGCCUCGCGAGGCAGCUCUGCGCAGGCGCAAAGGCCCCACCAGGCCCCUAGAGCCAGAGCCCUCUGCGACUCCCCAGGACCCUCUUAACUGGUUCGGAAUCCUGGUUCCUCACAGUCUGCGGCAGGCCCAAGCCAGCUUCCGGAAUGGCCUACAGCUGGCUGCAGACAUAGCCAACCUCCAGAUCCGCAUCAACUGGGGUCGAAGCCAGUUCCGGGUACUCCAAGAGAAACUCAAGCAGCUUGAGCCUGGGGCUGCCUGACCUGCGUCCACAGAGACAGGACAGUGAGCACAGCUGUUCUCAGAUGUGGCUGCCUUAUGUCAGCCCUUCUUCCUUCACAAAUAGACCCUGCCCCUACCCCCAUCCCUGGACUGCUUGUUUCCGACUUUGUUAGGUGUGAAGUUUGAAGAGGCACAAUGAGUAAUGUUGAAAGCCAUUCCUUUGAAACGACUUCUAGGUUUGUGUUCUUACAGGACACACCAACUGAUGCAAAGCUUUUCACUUUAGUGAACAAUCGGAACAACUUCAUCGAUCAUUCAGCUAUGGUUUCAUUACCGAAUGAUGAAAGACUGCACAAACAGUGGUGGGGAAGGACAAGAAGUAGUGCUGCAGGUUCACUAGAUCCUCAAAACUGACUUUGAUGGAGGAAAAAACCAUACACAGCUGACAGAUCAGGACAUUGAUUUGAAUCAAUAACAACACAAACACCUGAGUAGAUGGGCAGCGGUUGGCAGGGUCUAAACCAGUAAAUAAAAAAGAUCUGACAGAUUUGCAAGGGAACUCUAGAAAGAGAACUUCCAGGUUUUAAAAAACCCUGCCUUUAUCCUUCUAGGAGUGGAGUCUUCAUUUAUUGAAGGGCCAGUUGUGUUUUUUGUUCUGGGAAAUCUGUGUUCUUGUUUCAUUUUUCCACUGGGUUAUCAAUCUUUUUAGCAAUUUCUAGGUGCUCUUUAUGUUUUGGGGGGAAUUAGUUGUUUGUUCAUAAUAUAAGAUGUAAAUAUUUUUCCCAGUUAAGUCUUUUCACUUUGCAUAGUGUUUUUAACUUUUCAUUGUAAAAUAAAACACAUCAAAUUGCACCAAA